UAAGCUUUGGUAAUAUCUUCCACCAUUUUGCAAAACCUUCAAUGAUGGCAGCUGGAAACAGGAACAGAGAGUUGCAUAUCUCCUCUACAACUAAAAAUGAAAUUGGCAACUAUCUUAGCAGUAAGUCUACCAGUCUUAGAAAUGGGACAAACCCAUUGGUCUAUAGAAUCUUUAAGAAUUGUAGAGACGAUGGGGGGAAAACAACUAGCAAUCAGACUUAUAUUACAACUGUCAAUGAGCUUAGAAAUUAGUGGAAGUAUGAAUUAAAGAUGAAGUUGGGCAACUUAUCCAUGAUUUUUGAGAGUUGCCAGAGAAUAGAAGCUCCCAAAAAAGCAGCCUAGAGAGACCUCUUUUGAUUGUCUACCCAAAAGUUAUGGUUUAUAAAUCGGUGUAAUGCGUAUUCCACCAUCACCUAUUACGCAUUUCGCAGCUAACGGAAUUAUAAAUUCCCCGUGCUUUAUCCUUCGCCUCUUAACCACUCCUCAGCCAACAAAAUUAAUCUUUGCUUCUAUUACUACCAGAAACGUCUUGGAGACAGCUCAAUGCGAUAACCAUCUGAUCCAUUCUUUCUCUUCCAGUGAACAUGAGCACCGGACCCCUUUCAAUUCCAUUGGCAAUCUGCCAAAUACAAAGGAUGUCGAGCGUCUCCAUUCUCAAGCUGUCAAGAACGGUUCCGCCCAACAUCGGGAAGUGGGUAAUCAUCUCUUGAAUUUAUAUGUUAAAUGUGCCAAUUUGGACCAAGCCCAGAAGCUGUUCGACGAAAUUCCCAAUCGAGAUGUGCGAACAUGGACAAUUCUGAUCACUGGUUUUGCUCAGCUGGGUCCUGCUAAACUGGGGCUUGAUCUCUUCUCUUGGAUGCAGUAUGAUGGGGUUUUCCCGAAUUGUUUCACUUUGACUAUUGUUUUGAAGUGUUGCUCGUGUCUUAAUGAUCUACAAAAAGGUAAGGAAAUCCAUGGAUGGGUACUGCGGAAAGGGGUUGGAUUCGAUGUUGUUUUGGAGAAUGCUAUGAUUGAUCAUUAUGUUAAAUAUGGGAACUUUAAUUAUGCAAGAACAAUCUUUGAAUCGAUGCCCAACAGGGAUACAGUUUCAUGGAAUAUAAUGAUUGGUGCAUAUCUGCAUAAUGGAGAUGUAGAUAAAUCACUCGAGUUAUUUAGACGAUUGCCUGUUAAAGAUGUUGCUAGUUGGAAUACGAUCAUAGCUGGGAUGAUGCAAAAUGGGUACAACAUGAAGGCCCUAGAGCUUCUCUAUCAAAUGGGAGAAGUUGGACCGCAUUUUAAGAAUAUCACUUUCUCCAUAGCUUUAGCAAUAUUUGCUUCUUUAUCUCUGUUGGAAUUAGGAAGACAAACACAUGGCAAAGUACUGAGAGUUGGACUUCAGAGUGAUGGGUUUAUAAGGAAUUCACUCAUUGAUAUGUACUGCAAAUGUGGGAAAAUGGAGAAGGCGUUGGCUAUCUCCAAAAUAAGGCCUCAGGCUACCAAUGGCAUGCAAAGCUCCAAUAUUUCUUACGAUGCUUUAACGUCAAACAGUGUUUUGUGGAGUUCAAUAGUUUCUGGAUAUGUUCAAAAUGGCAGGGUUGAAGACGCUCUCAAGCUCUUCAGAGAGAUGUUACAUGAAGGGGUUGAGAUGGAUCAAUUCAUUCUCACAACCAUUGCUUCGGCUUGUGCUAAUGCUGGAAUUCUAGAGCAGGGAUUACAGAUUCACACCCUAAUUGAGAAAAGCGGACACAAGCUUGAUGUUUUCUUGGGGUCUGCAAUCAUCGACAUGUAUGCAAAAUGUGGAAGCCUGGAUGAUGCUCUAUCAAUUUUCCUUCAAACAAAUAAUCGAAAUACAGUGUUAUGGACUUCUAUGAUAUCUGGUUGUGCUUUACACGGGCAAGGGAGGGAAGCCACCCAACUUUUUGAACUGAUGUUGAAGGAGGGAAUUAGGCCAAAUGAGGUAAGUUUUGUGGGGGUUUUAUCUGGGUGUAGCCAUGCAGGGCUUGUUGAAGAGGGUCAUGCGUAUUUUAGGUCAAUGCUAGAGGACUUUGGCAUUGUUCCUGGGGUUGAACAUUUCACUUGUAUGGUUGAUCUUCUUGGUCGAGCAGGUCACCUAGAUGAGGCAGAGGAGUUUAUCCAUAGCAAUGGUAUCUCCCGUAUCACUUCUGUGUGGAAAGCACUCUUAUCUGCUUGCCGACUUCACAAAAAAUUUGUGAUGGGGAAGCGGGUGUCUGACCGACUUCUUGAGCUUGAACCGUUCAGUGCAGGACCAUAUGUUCUGUUGUCAAAUAUUUGUGCAACCUCCCAUAGGUGGGAGGAAGUAGCAGAAGCUAGGAGUAUAAUGGAACAGAGAGGCAUCAAAAAGAGCCCUGGGCAAUCUUGGAUCCAACUGAAAAAUCAACUCCAUACAUUUUUCAUGGGAGAUAGGUCUCACCCACAAGCGACAGAGAUAGACUCUUACUUGGAAAGGCUAAUCAGUAGAUUGAAGGAGAUUGGAUACUCAGUUCAUACGGACCUGGUAAUGCACGAUGUGGAGGAAGAGCAAAGGGAAAUUCUUCUUGGCUUCCACAGUGAGAAACUUGCAGUAACUUAUGCUCUCAUGAACACUCCUUCUGGAUCACUUAUUCGAGUUAUGAAGAACCUUCGUGUUUGUGCUGAUUGUCAUGCCUUCAUCAAAUAUACUUCACAGGUUAUGGGUAGGGUGAUAGUUGUGAGGGACCCAUAUCGGUUUCAUCAUUUUAAGGAUGGAAAUUGUUCAUGUGGAGAUUACUGGUAAACAAAGGCAGAUCAUGUGAUUAGUGAUUUAUGAGCCAUUAGGGAGAUAUUUUGAACUCCAUAUUAAUUGGUGGGGUUUUCCCCCACUUCUACAUACAUCACUCACCAUAUGUAUAGCAGCUUAGAUGGCAAAACAAACAUGCCACCCUGUUUUUUGCCACCACCAAUUUCUCAUAUAGGAAGUUCUGCUCCAGUUGCGCCUAUAAUUAUUGAAAAUGAAAACAUCUUUCUUUGAUUUUUGAUGGAAAAGAAAAAUAUUUAUUAACAGGUCAAAGUGCUGUAAUUAUUAGGGAAGAGUUCCAUAAUUGAUAAGUGGCAUUUAUCUGAUGAAUGAAAGAGGGUUCCCAUGUUGUCAAGGGAUACCCAUGUUCCAUAACUGGUGAGUAUCAUUUAUCUCAAUAUUAAGUUCACAAUCACAUUUAACCUCUCUCUGUCUGGAGUAUCAGAGAGAAGCAUUUGGGUUUCCA